GGCAACGGCCAUCUGCCGCCUCUUUUUCAGUUUCAAACCGAGCAGAUUAUUUCCCACAGACUUCUAGCUUCACUUGACAGCCGAGAUAGCGUCUCGGAGAGCAGCUGCGCAGGGAAGCGGCAGAGGAAAAAGCUCGCUCCUCCGCAUAUUGCGCUCAGCCAGUGAGAGCCGGGGAGACGCUUGCGUGCAGCCCGUCUGCGGAGACAGACUGCAGGCUCAUAAAGACGAAGCGGAUUUAAAUUAAGCACCGGAUAACAGACAGCGACUGUGCAUCUUUCAGUGAGGGAGGGAGGGAGAGGGAGGCAACUGUUUUUGUAUCUUGGAAGCCCUGGGUUAGGAGAGGGGGAGGAGGAGCGGAGAAUGAGCUAUUCUUGUACCAGCAGGGGCAACAGCCAGGACCCAUCAAGCGCUAAGAAGCCUGCCGGUGAUAAUCCAGGCAGAGGCACCGGAGGCACGGACAGCAGCGCAGACAGCAGCAGUAACGGCAGCCCGAAGCAAACGGCGGCGAUGAAAGUGAAGAAGGGAUGCAACUCGACCGACGUGGGGGUCCCGGUGACCACGGAGGAGGACCUGCUCGCCAGCGCGGUGAUCACUCCGGAGGAUGUUCUGGGCUUGCAGAAGAUCACAGAGAAUUAUCUGUGCAGCCCGGAUGAGAACAUUUACAACAUCGACUUCACCAGGUUCAAGAUCAGAGACAUGGAGACCGCCACCGUGCUGUUUGAAAUCACCAAACCUCCAUCUACAGAUAAAGCAGGAGAGAAGAGGGACAUUGACCCAAACGCCGGGCGGUUUGUUCGUUACCAGUUCACCCCGGCUUUCCUCCGGCUGCGGCAAGUUGGAGCCACGGUUGAGUUCACGGUCGGAGACAUGCCCAUUGAAAACUUCAGGAUGAUCGAGAGACAUUAUUUUAGAGAGAAGUUGCUCAAGAGCUUUGACUUUGAGUUCGGCUUCUGCAUGCCCAGCAGCAAGAACACCUGUGAACACAUCUACGAAUUCCCACCUCUGUCUGAGGAAAUCAUCAGAGAAAUGAUCCUGCAUCCGUACGAGACGCAGUCCGACAGUUUCUACUUUGUGGACAAUAAGCUGGUGAUGCACAACAAGGCAGACUACUCGUACAACGGUGGGACGUAGAGACGAUACACACCAACAUGAGGAGACAGGUGGAUGUACGGACUGACCUGAGGGACGAUCAGAGUACACUGGUGGGGUUAACAUCCUGUCAAUCCAGUAGUCUCUCUCUCUCUCUCUCUCUCUUUUUCUCUCUUUUUCUCUCUCUCUCUCUCUCUCUUUCUCUAUCACUUUCUCGUGCUGAGAGAAUGCCAUCCAGAAAACACUCCAUACAGAUGUAUGUUACAAUCUGUGUGUGUGUGUCUGUGUAAGCAUGUGUGAGUUUGUCAAAGCCUAAAAAGAAGCCACAAGCGCACACACACAGACACACACAGUUCACAGCUUGGUGUGGCGUCGCUGUAACAAAGUGUGUUUGUUGACAUGAUAAACCAGCAAGUGAGCAACUUUUAGGAAAUAUCAGACGUUUUUUUCUCUUUAGCCACGUCAUGAAGUGAAAAAAAGAAACAAAAACUCUGUAUCUUCAAAUAUUGAUAGAAAUUAUUUUUUUCAUUCCUGUACAUGGUAGGAACAAAUCUGUUUUUAGGACUUAAACAGUUUUGGAUUCAAUGAGUGUGUGUGUGUGUUUCUGUACUUUAUAUGAUUGUCUGUACUGUGUGUGUCUGCGUGUCUGUAAGUGUGUCAGUUUGAAGCAUGAUUACUGGUCUGGUAGAAAUCUUUGAAUUUAGAUGUCAGUAAUGUGGUCAUCUGGUUUAAAAAGGUCAAAUAUAUUUCCAAAUCCUGUUAGCACAUUUUCUGCACAGUAGACAGUAGUUCGUCAUUUUGAAUUUAUCAGACCUGUUUCCUGUUUCCUUAUCCUUUUGUUCCUUAUUUAUUUCUCGAGUCGUGUGACCUGUAUUAACUGUAGGGCAAAUGUUUUUAUUGUCUCUGCUCAAAGCACAACAUCUCUGCAGAGCUGAUCCGACCAUAAACGUACUUUGUCAUCUGUGUAGCAGCUGCACUUUUCCAGCCUCAUGUUGCUCUGUUUAGGCGAUAAAGAAGAUGUUAAAAACUUGGUUAAGUUGCACCUUUUUUUGUCCAAGUGGAAGUUUUGGGUUUUUUUGGGAACUCUUCAUAAGAGAAGAAAAGGAAAACUUG